UGUCUCGAUCGACUUCCUCCGACCGAUGGGUACGUGUGUGCUGGCCACCGAGAGCCCGAAGGUAGCCAUAUCCACCGCCCGCCGGGGUCCCCGAAGCUCGAUCUCGCGGGCGGUGCUUGUGGAUCCAUCCCCGCCUCGCGCCAGCACCGACGACGGCAGGGCGGCGGACGAGCUGCGCACGGCGCCCGGGGAGGGCGAGGCGCGGGCGCUGACCGUUGCGGAGGCCCUCGAGCUGCGCUCGGCGUUCUGCGAGGCCGAGGGGCUGCGGCGAGCGGCGGCGGACGAGCUCGGCGCGGCGCUCGAGGAGGCCGAGGCGCUGAGGCGGAGGGUGGCCGAGUGGGAGGCCAGGCACGCGGCCACGAUGGACGACCUCCUGGCCGCGCGGGCCGGUGCGAUCGGGGCGGCCACGGAGCGGGGGGCGCUGGAGGCGGAGGCGAGUGAGGCCGUGGCCGCCGCGCGGCGGGAGGCGGCCGCCCUGCGAGAGCGGCUCAGGGCCCGGGACAAGAGCAGCCCCGGGCAGUGGGAGAGCACCCAGGUGCGCGCUGCGCUGGAGGCCGAGCGUGGGGCGCGCGCGGCGGACAGCGCCGCCGCGGAGGAGCAGCUGGCCGCCGAGAGGGCCGCCGCGGCGGCGCAGCUGCGCGCGGUGCAGGAGGCGGCGCAGCGCGGUGUGGCGGAGGCCGCCGCCGCGGCGGAGCGCGAGCGGGCAGAGUUCGCCAGCGCGGCGCGGGCGGAGCGGGAGCGCCUGGUGGCCGGGGCGGAGGGCGGGAGGGCCGAGCUGCGGGCGGCGGCGGAGCGGGAGGCUGCCAACCUGCGGGCCGUGGUGGGUCAGCAGGAGGCCAAGCUGGAGGAAGCGCGGGCGCAGCUGCGGGCGACGCAGGAGGGCAUCGACGGGGUGAGGGUCAGGUUCUGCGCCGAGCUGGAGGCGGUCGAGGCCUCUUUCAACCGCGACGUCGCGAAGGUGAAGGCCGAGGCCGAGGAGGAGAAGGUGGAGUUGCGGGCGCGGAUGGAGGCAUACAGGGUUGCGCUCGAGGAGAUCAAGGGGCAGUUUGCCACUAUGAAGGGAGACGUCGCCAAAAUGCUGGGGGAUCCUUGAGCGAGCUCGCGUCCAUUCUCGGAAUGCUCAGCGAGCUCGCGCUCAGGAAGGGUGCCCGAUGAGAGGGGGCGCGCCCUCGGACGGGCCCGCGGGAGACGUGAGCGGGCACCUCCGCAGAGACCGUCCGGGGGCACCUCUUCGAGCACGCUGCUGGGCGCCUCUCUGGGCCCGCACUGGGCGCCCCGGCGGCGACCCCGGAGGGGCCCGAGCGAGCAAUGGGCGCCGUUCGUGGGCGUCCAUCUUCGGACGCGCGGCGGGCGCGCCCACCGAGCUCGCGGUGGAGGCAUCGGAAACUUUCGUCACGGCGAUGUAUGGGAUUGUCCUCUUUCAGUGUUCUUCCUUGCGGCGCAUCAUGCUUUUUCAACUCGGCCAUGCCUGCUGGCUGUCGACAAGCGCACCCGCCACGGUCAAUGCAACGCUAUUUGAGAAAAUGAGGCCCGAUCCAGUGAGCCUGCGUCCGCCACAGAAGGACGAGCACCUAUUCAUUUUCAGGGCGAACGUCGUCCAAGUAGGCUUCCCCCCUGCAACUGUGGGAUGUCAGUUAGUUUUCCUCUGAAUCAGGACCGAUCGCAGUCGCUGGCGCGUCGGCCGACCAAUGCGCGAGAGCGAUGCGGAGAAACCGAUGUGUUCGAAUUUAGCAUGAGGACGCGCGCGACUUACAUUUAGCACCUUGUCCGGCACGAGGAUGCAGGGUCUCUGGUCCUCUCGAACGACGACGCGCUCGUCCUUCUCCUGCUUUCUUGUCCUGCUCCUGGUCCUCCUGUCCGUCUCCUGAGAUCUGGCGUCGCGACA